AUGACAAAUAUAUUAUCAAGCGUGAAAUCUGCUCUAGGACGCAAUAAAGAAGAUGGUCUGAACGACAGUCUCAGUCCACAAUCAUCCCAAGCUCAGAUGAGCACCCUAUCCAGCCUAUCCAACAAUGAGAAGAUCCGAGCCUCACAGCAGGAGAGUUCGAUAAAUGGAAAUGCUAUAUCCUCGAAUCAAGGCUCUCUCCCUUUUAAACAGGAUCCGAAAAGACGUCUUUCCUCUUCAUAUUUCUCAACAUCAUCUUCCUCACUUGACCUCGAUCUCAAAAACACCACUUCGACCUUUGAUACCAAUAAUGGCGAUGAGGUAAAAACGAAGAAACAGUUGAAAGUAGAAAAGAAGGCGGUUGAAGACGCUGAAUUAGCUGAAUUAGCCGCUAAAGCAAGGAAAAGAGGUGAAGAGAUGAAUCUGGGUCCUAUGUAUAUACCGAAUGAAUUCAAGCAUAGAGGACUAGCAAUGAACAUUAGGGAUCCCUUCUGA